UAACACACAACAAAUUUUAUCCCAAACAAAUGCAUUUAAAUCCAAAAUUUCAAAAUCUAACUUACAUACACGUAUUUAAGUUCACGAUAAUAAAGAAUGCUAUUCCAGUUUAAAUUUUUUACAAUGUGUGACCUAGAAUCUUUUAUACGAGUCAUAUUUUUGCAGUUAUUGUAUGGUGAGAUUUAAAUCUGAAUCACGUGAUCUUUGACAGGUAGCUUUACCAACCAGGAACAAUAAACACCUGGAACCCGCCAUGUUGGAUUGUGAAUUUCUUCGAUAGUUUUCAUUAUUUAUUAUCGAGUUGUGCUUAAAUAAUACACGUAUGGCAGUCUUUGUAAAUGCAGAUUAUGGACAAAGAUAUAGCCAGGAGACCGGAAACAAACAUCAUAUACUACAGCCAUGUUGGAUUGCAAAGUUUGAUUAAAGUUCCCCUAGACAGUACAUAAACGUUCCCUGACCAUGGACCCCAGGAACAGUGCCCAGGAUGUUGUACGCUGUACCCUGUGUCAGGACUCUGUGGCCCCCAUGUACUGUGAAGUUUGUCAUAUACAUCUGUGUAAAGACUGUGUAGAGACACAUUUAUCUGAUUCUUCUAAAGUUCAUAAAGUGGUGUCACUAAAACAAUACUUAACCACUCUGAACUAUCCCAAGUGUAGGAAACACCCCACCAAACAAUGUGAACUCCACUGUGAGAAAUGUGACUUUUCUAUCUGUGCACAAUGUAUUUCUUCUAAAAAACAUUUAGGACAUAUACAAGUUGACAUUCUUAAAACCUUUGAAAGCAAAUCAGAAAAGUUGCUUAAAGAUUUGCAAGAAUUGGAGAAAUCUAUUUAUCCUAAAUACAAAGAGAUUGCAUCCAACAUCCCAGUGCAGAAAGCUGAACUGAGUAAAAACUCCCAGAAAUUGACAACAGCAAUUGACAAACAAAGAGAAGUCUGGCACAGAGAAAUAGACACCAUUAUCACAAACCUGAAAUCUAUUGUGGAGGAAAUGGAAUCCAAACACCUGGUCGUCCUGAAUAAACAGGAAAAUGAAAUCACACGCACCAUUUCUGAAAUCACACAGACCAUUGCUGAACUGAAGAAGUUACUGAACUCCAAAGAUGUCUGCCUUGUCUCCGAGUACAAAUCCAGGAACGCUGAAUUCAAAAGAUUGCCUCCUAAACUCAAGCUGUCCUUACCAAACUUUAGGCCUCAGGAAAUCCACACAGAUCAGCUGAUUAAACAGUUUGGUUCUCUGUCUGCAUUAUCUUUUACUACAGAGGAACAAGACUACAGCAUGCCACCCCAGGGAGCUGAGUCCUCUCCCCCCGACCGGUCACUGAUGGAUGUACCCCGGGUCAUCACAGCUAUAGGCACAGAGUAUGAGUAUGGACUAUUCGGUGUGACGUGUCUGAAUGAUACAGAAGUAUGGACGCGUGGUAGUGGCAACAAGAUGAAACUCUUCAACCUGCAGGGAGAACUAGUGGAGUCCAUCCGAACCAAGUCAGGGAACAGGCCACGGGACAUAGCACUGACAAGGAGUGGGGAUCUAGUUUAUACUGAUUACAGUGAUAGAAAUGUGAACAUAGUGAAGAAUACACAGAUACAGACAGUGAUCAGACUAGGGGGGUGGAUACCUUACGGUGUCUGUAGUACCUCCUCUGGUGACCUCCUGGUUGUCAUGGACAGUGAUGAUGAUAAACAAUCGAAAGUUGUGCGUUACUCUGGCUCCACAGAGAAACAAAGUAUUCAGUACGAUGACAAAGGACAACCUCUCUAUUCAUCUGGUGACAUUAAAUACAUCAGUGAGAACAGGAACCUAGAUAUCUGUGUGUCAGACAGUAGAGCCCGUGCAGUAGUGGUGGUCAAUCAGGCCGGAGAACUCCGGUUUACCUACACUGGUCGUCCCUCUACUACCAAGGAAUCAUUUAAUCCACGCGGCAUCACAACAGACAGCCAGGGUCGGAUCCUGACAACAGACUAUUACAACAACCGUAUCCACAUCCUGGAUCACGACGGACAGUUCCUCCGCUACAUUGACAACUGUGAUUUAUACGGUCAGUGGGGUUUAUGUGUGGACACCAGAGACAACCUCUUUGUGGCUGAGCAUGACACAGGUAGAGUGAAGAAAAUCCAAUAUUGCAUGUAAAUCAAUUAACUGCAUACAUUAGAUGUAAACAAAUGAACCAAGUAUACAUUACAUACUGUGUGUAGAUAUUACAUGUAAAGACAGUGUUUGUAUUGAUCCUGAAUAUACCGUCUACAUUAGAUGAGAAUACUGUGUGUGUAUAUAUCGUAUAGGUAUUUAUCAUUACAGAUAAAAUAUAUAUAAUCUGUGUUAUCGGGUCAUGUAAGUUUUUUCUAUUGGAUGUAAACAAACUGUUGACUGUGUUUAUAUAACAUGUAGGUUUCCAUGUGUUUAAUUAUAUUGUAUGUCAUCAAACUAUGUGCAUUUUAACACCAAAUUUUUAAUGCAAACAAUUUGUUUCUUUCAUAUUACAUGUAGACUGUCCAUUCUGGUAUAGUAUAUGAAAACAAAAUGGCUGUGUUUAUGUAAUUGGUAACAUGUGUAUUAAAUGACUCAAUAUUCAUAUUACAUAUAAACAAACUCUCUUCAUCAUUUGAUGCAUAUAAGAUAGGAGUUUAUCUAUAACAUGUCAAACAGUCAUUGUAUUUAACAUGAAACAAGGUAAUGGUCUCUGUAUGUUUAACUUACAUGUAAUUAUCUGAACAAACUUUUUGUUACAUGUAUUAAUGACAAAGGUUAAUGGACGUGUAGCACUCAAUUCUUUACCGGCAAUGGAGCGAGGCCACAAAGGAACUGAGGCUCAUUACUUAUAAAGAGGAGUGAUACAGGUAUAUUAACCCAAGUAGAAUACAAACUGUCUUAGCUAGUUAGCAUUACUUACCUUUAAAUCUCAAGAUUUAGAGUAGUUGUGUGUGAUUUUUUAACAGCCUUGUUUUCUCUGCUGAAUGUUCAAAACUUCAGAAAAUCCACAUCCAAGAUAUCCAUGUCCUUGUUGGGUUUCUUUUCUUUGAGUGUUUAAUUUCCUGAUCUGAUCAGCCGUUUUCCUGAAAAUUUAUUUAGACCAUGAGUAAAUGGGUUUUUUUUAAUACAUGAUUAUGCUAUGUAUGGAUUUUAUGAGUUUUAAUCGAUAAAACUUUAGUCAGAGAAAUAAUGUGUUGUGAAUUAAACAAAAUUAUAUGCAUGUAUCUAUUUAUCAUAAUAUAUUUAUAAAUGAUUAAAUUUUUAUUCUA